ACAGACUUAGCGAAUUACACGGAUUUGGACAGUGCCUUAGUUUUAAGCUCUCAGUUAAAACAACAACUGCCAGAAAAUACCCAAGUCGUUAUUAGUGUGUUCAAAAAUGAUUCGUUCUUCAACGAGAGGAACAACGUCUUCGUACCACUCGGGAAAAUCUACAGCGUUAUUCUUCCCGAAAUUCUGGACAACUAUUCCGGACCUAUAUCACUUUAUCACAAAUUGAACAAUCCAAACCAGGAAAAAGAUUGUUCUUAUUGGCUGUACAACGCCCCACAACAUUUGCCUGGUCACUGGCAAAAUUCGUCGCUUGCUAGAAACGUGUUGUCUUUGAUUCAGUGCGACUUUUGGCACACCACUCACUUUGGAAUUCUCAUUCUAGGCAACGGUUACGAAGACUCAGCUGCUCUCACUUGGAUCACAAACAUCUGCUGUGCGUUGUCUUUCAUCGGUUAUUGUUUUGUUUUUCUCACCGCUUUUCUUGACAACAGUUGGAGGGCAAGCGAAUCAAAUAAAUUGUUGCUUAGUUUUGUAUCUUCCGGUGUGUUUCAACUUUUGACUUUUUACAUGUCCAUUGUACUAGGGAAACAACUGUCUAAAAGCGAUUCUCUUUGUGUCUUAGCAGGUCUUAUUCUUCACUACUCCGUUCUCGUUCAGUUCUGCUGGAUGCUAAUCAUACCACAUUUCCAAUACAGGAAGCUCGUUUUUUACAGUAACAAUAAUAUAACAAAUGUGGUAAUUAAAACGAACUUGUUUGCUUGGGGUGUUCCAGUGAUAAUAGUCACAAUUGUGCUACUACAGCAUGGCUAUCACUACUCUAAGGAGAAAAUCGGGUUUUGCUACCCUUCCGGACGAGCUCUUUAUUUUGGGGUCUGGUGGCCCAUUUCAGUCGUCAUAGCGAAUAAUGUUGUCGUAUACAUCUUCAUUAUAGACGCUAUUCUUAACACUCGGUCGGAGUUAAGAAGGCAUGGACCAGAUGACAGUGUUUACCAUAUACGUCGGAUAGGGUCUUUGUUUUUCUUUUUUGGACUAACGUGGAUUUUCGGGUUUCUCGCAGUCGAAGAAAGUGUGAUCUUCAUCUACUUGUUUGAUACUUUGGCCACGUUGCAAGGGUUUGUUUUGUUUCUUUUGUACGUAGUUUGUGACAAAAGUGUUAAGGAAAUGUACUGGAACAAAUUUCAAAGAGCCAAGUACACCUCUAGUGGAAUGCUAAGGUUGGUUUUUUCGUCCGAUUCGAGGUACAGAAGACGGUCUCCCGAGCCCGAAAGUUCACCACUAUUCAUGAAUUAAUAAAGUGUUUUUUUAUUUUUAA